AUGGCUCUUUCUCCAUUCAGCAAGGCUCGUUCCUCCCUUCUCUUGGAGGAACGUGAACUUGCAGCUAUGGCUGCGCACGGUGGUGGUUCAUCUUUGGUCGCGACGGCGGAUAAUGUGGCUCCUCCAACAGAUGGCUCGGGUUCUAAUGGUUCGAAUUGCAACAAAAACCGUAACAACCGUAACAAUUUUGGUAACAAGAACCGCGAUGGCGGUGGCCGCGGUUGUGAGGGGUGGCAGUGGGUACCCAAUUUCACUUCCCCUCCACCACCAUGUCCAUUCUCCACACAAGCUUGGGCGAAGCCUACAACAAGCCCAACACGGGCAUCUGGUCAGCAGAGAGUUUUAGGCUCGUAUCCUCAACAUGUUUAUGCUGCUUCUGGUCCAACAGGUUCAUAUGUGCCAACUUAUGUUUCGACAGACAUCGAAUCAGCUAUGCACACAAUGACAAUGGCUCCACCCGACUCAAAUUGGUAUAUGGUUACCGGUGCAACAUCUCAUAUGACAUCCUCAAAUGGAAUCUCUCGUCUUAUUUUAAUUUGA